UAUUUUAUCGAAAACAACCAUUUUGACGGACGCGCACCGUAAAAAAAAUAUUUUAUUAAUUAAAACUGGUAGCGAUUCGUACAGAGAUUGCUGCCGCGUUUAAGUGCUCUGAAACUGAAAUCUAAAACAAACAUGGCGCGUGCCCAGAGUCCCGCCGGCGAGGGUGAAAAGGAAAAGGAUGUCAAAGAGAAGGACACCAAAGAGAAGGAGGGCAAGGCAGCCACCAGCAACUCUUCGCGCAGGGAGCGCGAACGCAAACGCCGUGGUUCCGCCUCCUCUAGCAGCGACUCCAGCAGAAGUUCAUCUGACAGCAGUUCGUCGCGCAGCAGCUCUGGCAGUGGGUCCCGCUCCAGCUCGAGCAGUUCCAGUGAUUCGUCGAGCUCCUCCUCGUCGUCGUCCAGUGACUCGGAUCGCAGCGAGAAGAACCGUCGUCGCGGUGCAGCUGGUGGUGGUGGCGCCGCGGGUGGCAAGGAUAAAGACAAAGAGAAGUCGCGUACGCGAUCACGGUCACCGCGUCGCACAUCGAAAUCUCCACAGCCCAGCAGCACCAAGGCACGCAAGGAGCCCGAACGGGAGCGAGAGCGACGCAGCCGGUCCAGGGAUCGUGCCCGUCGUGCUAGCUCCAAUGACAGAGGAGGAGCAGUGGGUGGCGGCGACAGCAACAAUGUGAAGCGAGAGAGAUCCCGCUCGGCCAGUCGCUCGCGGUCGCCACGGCGUCGUGGACGUGCCUCGGUAGACAGGACUCCGCCGCCGAAGAGACGCGAGCGCACACGUUCCCGCACCCGUACACGCUCGCCCACACCGAAGCCGGUGCGCAUCCAUGUCGGUCGACUGACCCGCAACGUGACCAAGGAUCAUGUAUUUGAGAUCUUCAGCAGCUUUGGGGAUGUGAAGACCGUCGAGUUUCCGACCGAUCGCUACCAUCCCACUUUCGGACGUGGCAUGGCCUACGUGGAGUAUGGCACCGCCGAGGACUGUGAGAGUGCCAUGAAGCACAUGGAUGGCGGCCAGGUGGAUGGCCAGGAGAUAACCGUGUCGCCCGUUAUCAUACCCAAGCAGCGCCCACCCAUGCGUCGACCCUCGCCACCGAUGCGACGGCCGCAGGGCAACCGCUGGCGUUCCCCGCCGCAAUUCAAUCGAUUCAAUAAUCGUGGUGGCGGCGGACGUCGGCCAUCGCCUCCAAACCGCAACAGGAAUCGUUCACCACGCCGUCGCUCCCGGUCCCCCAUUCGUCGUCGACGUCGCAGCAACAGCUCGGACAGCUCCCGCUAAAGAGGGAUCCCUAGAUGUACAUUGGACACGCGAUUUCUACUUUAUACAUACAUAUAAAACACAAGCUUCAAUUUAUUUCACAUUAUAAUCGGAACAAUUUAAGUGCGCUGAGCAUAGAGGCGGCACAAAAUAAAUAAAUUAUACAAUA